UUUUUAUCCUAGGCCUCCUGGUACCGACUUUGGUUAGUUUUAGCGUGUAGAAAAAGCAACGCAGUUUUCCGAAACUAAAUUCUUAUUGGCUAUUUAAAAUUUAAAAUAAAAAAUAAAAGUUUCCGAAACAGAUUCUGAGUACUUCGAGUUUGAAAUUAUCCGACCGUUAACUCCAGCCCUUAAACCGACAUAUAUAUAUAUAUAUAUAUAUAUUUAUAUAUAUAUAUUCAGCGUUGAAACAAGAACACAUUUUUAUUUCUCCUCAAACCCACUUCUUCAAACCAAUUUUUUUUUCUCUACCAUUAUUACCCACUAUAAGUAAAGUUACCAUUUUGUAUAACCCAUUUCUUGUUUCUCUUCGAACCCCACUGCUUGAUACAACAAUUGUUCCACAAUCAAUAGAAAUUCAGAAUUUUUUGGUUGUAUCGUUGGAGGGAUGAAGCGAACCAGAGAGGACUACACUGCCGGUGGUGAGGUUUCUCUGGGUUACGGAGCACCGUCUUGGUGCAGAGGUCAAUUGCUUGGCCGUGGAGGAUUUGGGUCUGUUUUCAUUGCGAAAUUGAAGAAACCCUGUUUUGGAUUUCCUCCAACCAUUGCUGUGAAAUCAGAACACGCUGCUUCUGGGUCAUCUUCACUCUUGAAUGAAGAACGGUUUCUUCGGGCUUUAAAAGGGUGUCCUAAUGUGGUUCAAAGCUUUGGAUCAGACAUCACAACCACCAACUCUGGUGACAUCAUCUACAACGUUUUUCUUGAGCUUGCUUCAGGAAGCUUGGCAGAUUUUAUCAAGAAAUCUGGUUCUGGUACUGGGAUGCCUGAGUUUCUAGUCAGGAAUUAUACUCGUUCUAUUUUGAUUGGAUUGAAGCAAGUUCAUGACCGUGGAUUUGUACAUUGUGAUAUCAAGCCUCACAAUGUCCUCUUAGUACCUAAUGCAGAUGGUUUUGUUGCUAAAAUUGCGGACUUUGGGUUGGCAAAGAGGCGUCAUGCGAGAGAUUCUAGUGGUAUCAGAGGCACAAAUUUGUUCUUUUCUCCUGAGAUGGUGGGGUGUGGAAUUCAGGAAGCGCCUUCAGAUAUUUGGGCACUUGGGUGUAGUGUGCUGAUGAUGUUUACGGGAAAACCACCGUGGGCUACUACACCUAAAUCUGAACUUAUGUCUCGGAUAGCUACUGAUUCACCGAUGAUUCCACCCAAUAUCUCAAAAGCAGCCCAAAACUUCUUGAGUUGCUGUUUUGUGAGGCAUCCUGCGAAGAGGUUGACGGCUACAGAGCUAUUGAGUCACAUCUUUUUACUAGAAUCAGAUGAGGGUGAAGAAGUUUACGUUCAAGAAAAGGCUAAAGUUUCAGAUGAGAAGAGUCUGGGAGUAAAACCUCAAUCACAUUGUUGUCCUUCAGCUUUGCCCAGUUUUAUACCACUUCCUUCUUCAUCAUCUGAAGAGGAAGAAGAGGACAUCCCUGCUGCAGCGAAGCGAACAUGUUACAGACAGAUCCAUCCUUUGGCAAUCAUGGGCUGCCAACCUCCUGUCACUUUUACUGUUUGUGCCAAUUGAGACAUAGCAAACAUUUUGUUUGCAUUUGUAAAUCAUUUUUUCAUUGUAAUUGAUUCUUUUUU